CUUUUAGCCAAGUGUUGCUGAGUGUAGCUUCGUGGGCAUGAAGAUAUGGAGAUGUAGCCCCUGCUGAGGGCUGCUGCGUGCAGCAAAAAUGGGGGCCUGCAAUUGUUCUGGCGAGAAUGGCAAAUGCGGCGCUGGAAAGCCACCCGUAGUAACUCUGGUUCCUGGAGCAGAGGAUGGUACCAGCCCUUUGAAUCCUCGGGAUCCGGCUCCAGGCCGACCUGGCGAUAAGGCAGCAAGCCCUCCACAGGACACUGACGGAUCCGUUCUGGAGGAUGUCAGAAGACAGUUGGAGGAUGGCUCCGUCUAUCAGGGACAGUGUCGAGAUGGCCUCUUCAAUGGAGAGGGGACACUGACCAUGCCUGACGGUGCUGUCUACGAGGGCCAAUUUAAAGACGGCAAAAAGCACGGUGUCGCAAAGUACACAUACGCAAAUGGCGCAGUGUACGAAGGCGAGUACAAAGAGGACAUGAAGGAUGGCAAGGGAAGAUUGAUCUGUGAUGGUAGCACCUUGGCCGAGGCCUCCACAUAUGAGGGAGACUGGGCAAACGACUUGCAGGAUGGUCAAGGCAUUGAGAGAUGGGGAGAUGGAUCGAUCUUCACCGGCUCCUUCAAGGAUGGCAGGAAGCACGGACAUGGUAAAUUCAUGUGGGGCGAGGGCUGCAUGUACGAGGGAAACUUCCAGAACAAUGACAUGCAUGGUGAAGGUCGUUAUGUGUGGGCAGAUGGCCGGCAAUUCAAUGGCGACUGGAUGGAGAACCAAAUGCAUGGCUCUGGCACAAUGAGAUGGCCAGAUGGCCGGAUAUUCGAGGGUGAGUUUAGCCACGGGAAGAAAGAGGGAGAAGGCACGCUCACCUGGCCCGACGGGCGAACUUACGAAGGUCAGUGGGCGAAUGGAAAGCAGCACGGCAUGGGAGUGGUGACAACCUCAAAGGGAACAGGGCGAAAAAGCUACUGGAAGGAUGGCAAGUUUGUCAAUUGGGGCAACACCAACUGAGUGCCACGGCUUAUGUCCUCCUGGUGGAAGCCCAAACGAAAGCCGAGCAGAGUUUCCGCGUCGAUCAGCUUGACCAACCCCAAACCAAGCCCCAUCAUGUUAUAUCAUAUCCUGUUAUGCCAGAGGGCCAAGGUGAGCGAAGAACCCUAGUCUUGAGGCCAAACCGUCGUGACAUUCUG